UCAUGAAUGUGUGUCACUCCAAAUAGUGAGGAAAUAUACACGAAGCUUCAGUGUGACGAGCUUCCGCGUCCUGAGGUCGCUUUUCUACAGAGGAAAUAAUCAAAGCAGUGUAUACAAGGUUAUGACCAAUAGCGACUAUAGCUGGUGUCCGGGAUUCCUGGCAGUCGUACUUGUGGUGAUUGGCAUUCCAGGCUCCAAUUCAAGUUGUGUUCAAGUUUAUCCUAACGUCUGGAAGAAUGAUUACUUUUGCAACAGCUAUGUGGCGUACCCCAAAGGUUAUUGCUCGUCCAUAAUCGGAAAUGCAUACGUCUACGGCUCCACAGCGUAUCAACAGCAAACAGAGAAAGCAAUGGAGCGAUUCGCCUUCGUUAAGUCAGUCAUGGAAAACCUCUACGGUGAAAUGAUACGCGAGUCGUGCAUGGAGGUGUUUAAUGUGUCGUACUGUCACUGGAAUUUCCCACGAUGCGACUACACAACAGGGAGACUAAGAAGUGCGCGAAUUUGUCGAGAGACCUGUGAAUAUUUGAUGAAGACAUGCGAUAGGGAGUUUGAGAUGGCGAGGAACUUUAACAAGAUAAACCAGGGUCGAUGGCCCUAUGAAUGGACUAUUAUGGACUGUGAUAACGACAUGAUUCGGCCCAAAAGAAACGGCGGGGAUGCGCCUAGCUGCUUCUACAUUGAGGACUUAAUAACCGAGGUGGAUAAACUGAGAGCGACAGAUUGCUACUAUGGCGAAGGCGUCGGUUACCAUGGCAACAUAAAUGUGACGAAAUCGGGAAUCUCGUGUCAGCCCUGGUCGUCCCAGUGCCCACACCACCACUAUCAUAACUCAACCCAGUACCCAGAGCUUAUAAACGCGUCCAAUUUCUGCCGUAACCCUGGUGGCAUGGGACCGGACGGACCGUGGUGCUACACGACGAACAAGUUGGUGCGCUGGGAGUACUGCGAUGUGCCCAAAUGCCCCCCACCAGGUCCAACAAAAAGCCCUUCCUCCAUCAGAGCGUACGCGACAGGGCCUGACAGCAUCUUGAUAGAGUGGAAACCAGUCCCCUUACCUUUCGUCCACGGUACACCACAGGGAUUCCGCAUCAUGAUCAAGGAGAUGACCGCUGACCGCUAUAUGACAAGUAACACCACGGGCGCCGCCGUGUUACAAAUAGAGUUCCAAGGACUUAAGCCGCUUACGAAAUACAGCCUUGUGGUUUUAGAGUUCAAUGAACACAGAGAUGGGACGCCGAGUUCGCCGGUUUAUGUAAUAACUAUGCCGUCAAAUUCCGUGAGAGUGCGGUUCAUCGCGACCUUUGGAAACAAGUUGUUUUUUGUUCAAUUACGAGAUCGAACGACAACAGAGUACAAAGCACUGGAGAAACAGGUCAAGAUAUCGGUAGCUGGUUUGUUUGCCAAAACUGCGACCAAAUUGUACCAUAUCCACCAAAUUGAAGUCAUUCAGUUUACGAAUGGCAGCGUAAAAGUCUAUUUUGACGUGACGGCCGGGUUUAACCAGUCACUGACUGACGCAGAGACUGUUUCGGAGGCUGUGGUGGGAGCCAUGGUAACGGUGCCGCGAAUGGGGGACUUGUCUGUCAAUCAAACGCGGGUCAUAGGUCCGCCACCUCCGCCUAGAAAUAUCCACGCCGUGGAAAUUGAGACGACCUCACUUAACGUACGAUGGCAGGCACCGACCCACUCCGAUACCUACACUAUCACUAACUAUACCGUGAUGUUCAAGAGAGCCACGUCAAGCCUAGAAUACCAGCUGGCAGGCUUGGUAGAUGAAGAGACGCGAGAGUUUCACUUGAAGGAUCUGGAAUCUGCGAGCGAGUACAAGAUAUGCGUAGCUGCACACAACUCACACGGGGAGAAGAAGAGCGAAACAAUCACAGCCUUGACUAAAGCAAAGCCCAACACAGCCCUUAUCCUGGGCAUCGGGAUCCCUGUGGUUAUCCUCAUUUCCAUCGCCGUCUCGUUUUCCGUUUUGCUAUGGCGAUGGCGGGAGAAGAAAAGGAGACUAGAAGAUGCCUUUGCACUCGAAAAGGCAAACCGUGAAGCCAUCGAGGACCACUAUCAGAGCACGAGUGACGUGUUCGCCUUACUUGGACUGGAGGGAGUUGUGAAGGAAUGGUGCGAGAUACCACGUGACGAUCUCACCACCGAAAGGGAGCUGGGCUCGGGUGCGUUUGGAGUCGUCAAGAAAGCGUCUCUGAAGAUCAGGGAAAAAGCGACAGAUAAAGAUGAGAAGGACGAAAGGAUAGGGGAGGGAAGAAAAACCGAGGAACCGGAGGAAGAGAAAGGGAAAGUGCUUGAGAUCGUGCCGUGCGCUGUCAAGAUGCUGAAAGAAAACCCCACAGAGAGCGAGUUGCGUGACUUGUGUAACGAGAUCGCCAUCAUGGCGUUAGUAGGGGACCACCCGAACAUCGUCAGUCUGCUUGGAGCAUGCACUGUCAAUGGUCCAUUGUGGCUUGUUGUCAAACUUGCUGAAAACGGCUGCUUCCUCGACUACAUUAAAGAACAUCGCUCAGUCGCUGAAUACGAGAAUACAGAGAACAAGAUCCAUUCCUACGAAAACGUCACCGAGAAAACACAAGGGGCCCCCAUGACAGAGAAGGAGAAGCUCAAAUUCGCGUACGAGAUCGCUAAAGGAAUGAGACAUUUGGAGAAAAAGAAGUGUGUUCAUCGCGACUUGGCAGCUCGGAACAUUAUUUUGAAUGCUGAUAACGUUGCUAUGGUAUCGGACUUUGGACUGUCACGUGAUGUGUACGAAAGCGGGGCGUACGAUAACACAACAGGGGGCGUUCUUCCUGUUCGCUGGAUGGCUAUCGAGUCUCUGGAAGAUUAUACCUACACCACGAAAUCAGACGUGUGGUCUUACGGUGUGUUGCUAUGGGAGAUGGAGAGCGGGGCACUAAUGCCUUAUGCGGGGAUGUCGGGCGUCGAGAUCUUGAAGAGGCUAAAGCAAGGAUACAGAUUAGAAAAACCGUCAUGUUGCUCACAGGAACUGUACGCCCUCAUGUACGAGUGUUGGAAUCCAGAACCCAAAAACAGACCCGCCUUCUCUGACAUCGUAAGUCGACUGGAGGAGACCCUGCGAGCGAAAGCGGGAUACGAAGAGAUUCUUCCAGAAGAUAACAGGGCGGGAACACCGUACGAUGAAGUCCAUGUCGACGAUUGUUUCCUCACAGAACCAGACACGGGAAAUACCACCAUGCUGUAGUGCCGAGUAGUCAUUUGAAGUAGUUGUCAUAUCUCUUCAUAUUUCUUUGGCCGAGUAGUCAUUUGAAGUAGUUGUCAUAUCUCUUCAUAUUUCUUUGGCCGAGUAGUCAUUUGAAGUAGUUGUCAUAUCUCUUCAUAUUUCUUUGGCCGAGUAGUCAUUUGAAGUGGUUGUCAUAUCUCUUCAUAUUUCUUUGGCCGAGUAGUCAUUUGAAGUAGUUGUUCCUGAGCUGCCGCCAUAAUAAUAAUUUUUGUGUAUUCACAUAACAUCUCGCCGUCUUUCACUGAAUUACACCAUGUCCACGAUCGUUUCCUCACAGAACAAUAAACGGGAAAUGGCACCAUGCUGUAGGUUCAUUAUGGUGAACCAGUAAUAAUUUACUUUUAUAAAAAAUAAUCACAGAAAAAGACACGGGAAAUGGAUGUAGGGUCAUCAUGGGGAAUAAGUAAUCACAGAAAAAGACACGGAAAAUGCCACCAUGCUCUAGAAGAGCAAGAAGCCAAAGCCAAAACAAAUAAAUUCCAGCUACCGAUUUGAGUCAGAGGUAGCUGAACUUGA